AUGAAAAUCAAGAAGACUGCUACGGCCAAGCAUGAGGCUACUCUUUCCCCCUUUCUCAAGUCAUUCAUUACUACCGCUACAUCAAUCCCCAUACCAGAGCUUUUACCAUUCCUUUCAAAGUUCCCCGCGCAUUGGCCGUUCCCUCGUGGCGACUUGUAUCAUUGGAUAGCCUUAUUGAAUCGAUUCGACUCUAUUUUAGAGGAGCAAGUACAAAAGUAUAAACUCAAAGAAGGGCCACAAACGAUAUUGUGGGAACGCCAAGAUGAGGAAUUGGUCAUUGGGGUUUUGAAAUUUAGUAGGAUGCUCGUCGAGAACUGUGGGAAUCGAAGUCUCUAUGGCAGCAGUGGGUUUAUAAAUGACCUACUUAAUACAACCUCCCUGGAUGUUUUGGAGGCGUCUUUACGUCUAGGUUCUCGCCUUGCCCAGAGAUACCAUACCUCUCGAACCCGUGGCGCUAGCCAGUCCACUAACGCUGUUCUGCUUGCUUCUCAUUACAACAUUAAUCUUGAGAGGGUCUCAAAACUCGCUACUCCAUUUCUUAAGAGCAUAGCGGUUACUAGUUUGGCUUCUGGCAAGAAUGUUUCGACAAAGGCAGUCGUUCCGAUCUAUGCCAAUGAUCUUGCGAGGUUGGCGAGAGAUGAGAGGCCAAUAGAUAAGUGGGGAGGUGCUUAUGUUAGCUACUAUGUUAGCCCCACCACGCAAAAAGCGGUAACUGUUCCGGGACCAGGGGCUGGCUUUGUCAUCAAAGAGCCCGCCACGCCUACCCCGACUCGAAGGACCUCAUUGCAUCACGGCCAUCAGACAUCUGGCUCUGCUCAUAAUAGGAGACGAUCCACUGACGACACUAUUACUGAUUCAUCUGACCUCGCUGUCACGGGGGGUAUGCAAACAUUAGAAAUCCCGUAUAGCCAAAUCAAGGCUGCUCCAAACCUUGAGGAUAUCCUCAAAUCGACUUUACCUGAAACUCCUGCCGAUACUCAUUACGACUUGUUACAUCGCCUUCGUGUUGCUUCGGCGCUCGCUGGGACAGCGGAAACGAGGAGACAAAUUUUGGGGAUCCGGAUACUGGCACUGACAAAUCUUGCAUACGUUUAUUCUGAGAACCAGUUCACAACAAAGAUACUACAGCCAGACCAGGAUGAGCCUCGAAGAUUCCAAUUGGUGUAUCAACUUGCAGAGUUAGUUCAUAGCGGUGAUAUAAAAGGAGCAUCGGGGGAUGGAAAAGAAAUUCCGAGAUGGCUUCAAACAUUGGCGUUAGGGGGUUUGGAGGCUCUGGCGAGGCACAAGAGCAAGACCGCAGAUGUUUGUGCUGCGUUAAGUGUUAAUGUCAACCAUGGGGUGUUACUCUACGUUGUUCGAAAAGCCGUGGAAGAGUUGGCUAUCGAGAAGGAUGAGGAGGAAUGCGACAAGGAGGCUGAGGAGUGGCGGGAAGCUUUGUUUACCUUGGUUGGCUAUCUACCAACUACUGCGCAUGCUGGAUCUUUGCUCGUAUCUGCUGGUCUUAUCCCCAUCCUGGUGGAGCUCUUGCAGCUACGUACCAAAAAGGCCCUUCGGAACAUCCCAAAGGCUGUUAGUUUUCUUGACUCGCUAAUCUACAAUGUCCAAAAUGCCUUCCAAGCCUUGGCUAGCGCAAAAGGCUUGGAUGUUGUGGUCGAUCUUGUUUCGGAUGAAGUGAAGGCGGGUUUAGAGGAAGCCGGGACUGGGAAAGGGAUCCCUGAUGAAUAUAAGAGCUCGACGACCGAUUUCAAAAUCGGGUUCUAUCGCCAACAGACCCUUAAAAUGGUUUUCAAGUUUAUGCAGCAUAUGAUGGCCCAAUCUGGAGGCAAUGCAGAUCGGCUGCUGAGAAAUCUAAUUGAUAGCCCGAAAUUGCUCAGUGCCUUGAAAGUGGUGAUUGAGAAUGGAACCAUAUGGGGGAGUAAUAUCUGGAGUACGGUUGUCGGCAUAGUUAGCGCCUUCAUCCAUAAUGAGCCUACUAGCUACGCUGUUAUUCAUGAGGCCGGCUUGAGUCAUGCAUUACUGGAGACUGUCACGGGAAGAUCUGGCUUGGCCGAGGAAGAAGCAAAGAGGAAGAAGGACGAGGAGGGCCGAGAGGUUGUAGGAGACAAUGCGAGUCUGGCAGCCAGUGCGGACGACAAGGAAGACGAAUCGCCAGAGGACCGGAAGAGAGACCUGCCACCAAGACUACAUACCCCCGCCACAGGUAUCAUGCCUUCGAUAGAUUCUAUCGGGUCAAUUCCUACAGCGUUCGGGGCCAUAUGUCUCAAUUCAUCGGGCCUGGCGUUAUUUCAGACUUCCGGGGCGUUGGAGACUUUCUUCGAGAUUUUCGAGAGCGCCGAUCACGUUAAAUGCCUGACCGAGCAUGAAUUGGCUAGUGUGUUGGGUAGUCAAUUUGAUGAAUUAGUCCGACACCAUCCUGUUCUUCGAGAGAAUGUUAUGAAAGUUGUUAUCGAGAUGCUGCAAAGAGUCGAAAUCCUCGGUAGGAAGUUCGCCGAGGAGAAGGGGAUGGGGGCAAAACUAUGGAUUGAAGAUGGAUAUGGCGGGAUGGUGGUGGCUGGGGGAAGGAAAUCGUUGAUUGGGAGAAUUCAUAAGCACUCCUCAGAAGCCGGCGUGGGAUCUUCAACGAAAUCACAGGGGAACGAUGGGGAAGAUGUUGAGAUGGGAGAUGCCGACGCUGUGGUCUCCACAGCCGAGGAUGCCGACAGGAACCAACCUUCUAUCGUUAACUUCAUCGAUGCUGCCGGCAGAUUUCUGGAAGGAUUUUUGGCAAAUGCAAAUCUCUCGAAGGACUUUAUCAAGCGUGAGGGUCUAGACUUUUUGCUUGACUUUUACACUGUUCCUAGCUUGCCUUACGAUUUCGCUACCAGUCAGGCCAAUCAAAUGAUGAGCCGUGUUCUCCAGGUUUGCAGUGAGAACAGCCCUUCGGUGACAGUUGCAGCGACUCUAAGGCAUGCUCAAAAGGCCAUCGAUCAACUACAGCCGUUGCUCAGACACGACAAGAAAGAGGCAUUCUUUGCUCCCUUAACCGACCAAAAGGCUGCUGUUCUCCCCCCCCGUUUCCAAGGAGGAUUGUCUCAAGAUGUUAGAUCAGGCGGUACAAAGCUCAUUAAAGAUCUGGUCACAGUCCAUUCUCUUUGUUAUCUUUUACAAGAACUUUAUGGCCAGCCUCUUUUCAACGUCAGGCUAACUCUGUCAAUAUUUAUGGAACCUGAGAAUGAAGCGAUUGUUUCGAACCUUGGCGCCCUACAUCGGAUGUGUGUUUGGGAGGAAAUACUACUUCAGAAUACCAUUCCAGAUACUUGGAACGAAGCUACCAGGGUUAAGAACUCUGCGGGAGCAGCAGCGGCUAGUAUCGAGGAAGAAGCUGUUCCUGCUGUUGUCGCUACGUCAGCCGAGGGCCAGCUUCAGAACCCGAGAUCCCAGGAUGAACAGAAAGAAGCCGAGAAAGCUGUUGUAGAGAGGGACGGGAAGACCCCGUGGUUCCGAAAUGUUAAGACAAUAAGGUUUCUUAUUAGCCAAAUCCCUUCGAGUAUCACUCCAUUUUUGCAGGGCCUUGCUAGAAGUCUCAUAUCUAGGCGGAGCACUGAUCUAUUCCAUAAACAGCACGCUUUCAAAAUCGCCGAGGCUAUUUCUGAGUCCAUGUAUGAUCAUUUGACAUGGAAGAGGCUAGAUAGCAGCGAUUCGGUCACAGAUAAAUACGGAUAUUGGAUUCGGUCAAGUUAUCACCAUAACUCUGAAACCUUUUGGGGUGAAGUUCGGGAUCUGCCCGCUCUUGGAGACGCAGAACAAAUCGGAAAAGAUAGCCAUCAGAGAAUGGCACACGCAUACGGAGGCAUCAAGAUCAUAUUGUCUUUGUUUACCCAUUUGGUCUCAAACAAAUCUGUCCUGGAUUCUUCACAGACUGUUGCACUUCAAACUCGUGAACGCUCGAGUGAUACGCCCCGUCCUGAUUUUUUUAAUCCGCAUCAGUUCCUCGUGGAACUUAGGGCUAGUAUUCUCCCGGUGGUUAGAGAUAUGUGGGAUGCUAGUUCUAUUGAAAAAGCCUCUUGCUCUAUUGUUAAGUCUGUUAUUGAGAUUCUUGGAAUCGUACUCAAAGCAGAUAGCGAGGGCAGUGCAUUUACUCGGAAGGAAUUGGAGAAGAAAGGAAGGCUGUCAAAUACAAUCUCGUGGAGGACGAUGGAACCAAAUGAGGAGGGGAUCAGGCAGCUUGUUGAAAUGGGGUUUACCCGGGAAAACGCCAUGGCUGGGCUUUUGCGAGGCAAUGGUAACGUGAAUACUGCCACCGAAUGGCUCACUUCACAAGGAGUUAGGACUCCUCAGCGCGGUAGCCAAAUAUCUGCUUCCAGUUCUAGACCUCUAACAGCUGAAUCUCAUUCUACCGACGAAGAGGGAACAGAUGUCGAUGCGGCUAGGGAAGAGCCUAUCAUCCCAGCGCAGUCGGAAGGGGCGGUUGGAGGGGCUACACCAGCUACUGAACCGAUUAUGCCUCCCCCCGCACCACCUGCACCCGCUGUUGACACUGGAGUUCCUCCGGUUGAUGAUGGUGUGGUUGCGAUGAACAUCGACGAAUCUAAUGUCCAGACCACACCUCCGUUGGGCGAGCCCCAAGCUAGUGAAUCCGCCGAGAUUCCCCCGUCCACCGUUGAAAAGGGCAAGGCUAGAGAGGAUGAAAAGGUUGAACUGCCAGCAGUUGUAACAAUCGAGGAUUUGGAUGAGCUUAGAUCUACUAUCCGCGAGAGCCUUAUUGAUCGCUCUUUGGAUGUUCUCCGUGUCCAUUCAACUGUCACCUUCGAGCUCUCGUCUCUCCUUACCAGCGCCUUUGGUAAGGCCUCAGAAUCGCCGGAUGUUAGGAAAGAGGUUGCCUCAACAAUAUUACAAUCAUUGAUGUCACUACAAGCGGAUGAUGACCUUCGGCCUUGCGCCAAAACCAUAACAUCAACCUCUCACCUUCUCGGGCUUGUCCUUCAGAACCAAGACUUCUUUGACGCUUGUUUAGAGGACCUCAAAGAACAAAUUCCGACUCUCAUUGGAUUUAUCAAAAUGAAUAAAGGAGAACCCGCUCCGUGGAUCGCCAGUAUCCUGUUGGUGGUAGAAAAAGUCUUGUCAGAGUCAGCCCAGCCCAGGAGAGUUACUUUCUCAUCACCUCCUAGCGAUCAAGAGCCAGAAAAUAUUGCCGAGUUAAAUUCGUAUAAGAUUUCUGAUGGAGAUCAAGCUGCACUUUUCAAAGCUGUCAUGGGUGUGGUUUCGGUUAUCGGUAGAGAUGAGAUUUUGCCUUUGGCCGUGGCUCGUGUUCUGGUGUUGCUUACUCGGAAGCGGGAGCUCGCAAUUCGAAUGACCGAAGGGGAUAAUUUGCGGAGUCUAUUCCAUAUGUUACGUUGCCAAGCUGGCCUGAGGACAGAGCGUAUUCAAGCGUCUAUAAUGCUUGUCCUUCGGCAUAUCAUUGAAGACACAGGGGUGCUCAAAGCAAUCAUGAGGAACGAGAUCCGCACAUGGUUCCAGUCACGAGGCACCCGUCAAACCGAUACCCAGGCCUUUGUACGACAUAACCACCAUCUUGUCUUGAGAGACCCGGACGCAUUUGUUGAGUUGGUCAAUGAGCUAUGCAAAUUGACUAGAUACGAUCCACAUUUAAGAAACCAACAAAUUGCAAUCAAGGAAACAGAACGCCCUAAAUCUGAAAGCGAAUCGAAACCGGAAGCUGAAUCAGACCCGGCAAAGGAGACUGGAGAAUCGCAGGCUAAAGGAGCCGAAGAUAAGGAAAUGGUCGACAAGCCAAAGCCCGCGGUUGAAGUUAAACCGCCUGGGCUAGAAAAUCCUGAUGGAGUAAUUCAUUUCCUGCUUAGUGAGCUUCUCGCUUCCAAGGAUGAAAUGGACAAUCCUUUCCCUCCAAAUCCUCCAAAAGAGGAUAUUACGUCGGCGCCAAUGGAUGUCCAAAUGGAGCAAGGAGAGUCUACGGGGAAACCCGCUGAGACAUUGCAAGCGAACUCGCCCUCUAAGCCCGAGAAACCUGAAUUUAAAGCGGAGCAACACCCUAUAUUCAUUUACCGGUGCUUUAUCUUGCAAGCUUUAACUGAAUUGCUAUCUUGUUAUAACCGCGCAAAAGUAGAGUUCAUAGGCUUUUCCCGCAAAGCGGCGCCAAGGGAAGCGAUUACACCUUCGAAACCAAGAUCUGCAGUCCUGAAUUACCUGCUUAACGAUAUCAUUCCUCUGGGCACUCUAAUACAUACAGAAGACAUUGCAUACAAAAAACGAGCGACAACAUCACAAUGGGCAAUCUUGGCUAUCGUUUCCUUAUCGGCUCAGACUGGGGAGUCUUCCAGCACUGCAGAUGAAUCAAGUCUUCUCUUUGUGAGAAAGUUCAUCCUUGAGAGCGCGCUCAAGGCUUUUAAGGAUGCUUCUUCUUCUGUGGAGCCGUUAGAUGCGAAGUACUCGAGGAUGAUGAGCCUUACCGACCUGUUUUUCAGAAUGCUGUCUGCGCGGCCCAACCACAACCAUUCAACAAGCGGCACUCCUUCGGAAAAAUCUCAACAACAAAUUGCUCGGAUCAUGUUUGAAAAAAACUUCAUUGCAGCCCUAACUGGAUCCCUUGCUGACAUCGACUUGAAUUUCCCCUCGGCGCGAAGGGUAAUUAAGUACAUUCUCAGACCGCUCAAACUCUUGUCAAAGACGGCCACCGAUCUUAAUGAGAUUUCCAGUAUAACGGCCCCUGGAGCCACAGAUGAGGAUGAGAUAUCGACCGCUACUUCUAUUUCAGACAUUGGGGAUAUGCGGGAGGAUACCCCAGAUCUUUAUCGAAAUUCGACCCUCGGGAUGUUUGAGGGUGAAAUGGUUGAUGAGCAUAGCUCCUACGAUGAAGAUGACUACGAUGACGAGAUGGAUGACGACGAGAUGGAAUUGGAGGAAGAAAUGGAGGAAGAGGGUGAUAGUGAAAUUAGUGAUGAGGAAGAUGAGGAAGGAGGUGAAGGUAUGGAUGUUGAAAUUGUCGUUGAGGCAGAGCAGGAGAAUGAAAUGGCCCAAGAUCAAGCAGUGAGGGUGAGGAGGACCAGGGGGAUGAAAUACUGCCCGACAAUGGUAUUGAAACAAUUGUUCGCGCUCCCGGAGGAUCUGAUGGCGCACCGGAACCUGGCUACGAAGAUCGAGAUGAUGGAAGAAGCAAUGAUCCAAGAGGAUUAUGAAGAUGACGAAGGUGCGUUCUCGGCCGUCCCCUGGGGCUGGGCCGAUGAAACAGGAGAAGCUCCAAUGAUGGCUCGUGCUCAUCCUCGUGGCCAUGGUGGAUGGUAUACACUUGGUGGGCCUCCUCGUGAGUCUCCAGUAUUCAUGUCAAACGCAGCACGCCCUCGCCACUAUAUGGGUGGCACAGCUCCGAGAACCACCGACAAUGUGGAUCAAAAUCCACUUUUACAGCAGAAUUCUAAUAACGAACAGGCCAGCGCCCGGCCAACCCAUAACCGUAGCCAGGAGUUCAUGACCGAUUGGGUACAGGCCAUUGAUGGAAUGCAUGCGGCUGGCGGUCCGGGUGGCACUGUUUCUAUGAUCAGUACUCUCAUGAGUUUGAUGACUAGGACCGGCCAGCCUGUUCCCGUUAUUUCUAAUGGCGGAUCUAUUCAAUUCCAGGCCCUCCCUCAUAUUGCUCACCACCACCACCAUCACCACCCUCACGCCGCCCCAUUUAUGCCUCGAGAGUUGCGUUCCAUGUUCGAGGCAGCUCGACCACUACCGGACAUGCCACGCCAUCAUCGAGAAGACCCUCAAACGGCGGUUAAUAGCUUUAUCCCAACAUUGACCACCGGUAGAUGGACCGAAGAAUCUAGACUAUUGUUCGGCACUAGUGCUCCAGAUCGUGCCCAUAAAGUGGUCAAUGCUAUCUUAGUCCUUCUGGUUCCUCCGGCUAUUGAAGAAGAGAGAAUUACAAAAGAGAAACAAGAGAAGGCGCGCGGAUCUGAGGUUCCUGAUGGCGAGAACAGCCCAAGAGAAGGAGAAGCCAUGGAGGGUGUUGAGGCCACUCAAGGUGAAGCAGCAGCAGGGCUUGAAGCGGGCCCUUCGGAUCCUCCGGCGCCGCGAGCCACUGUCAUGAUUCGCGGACGCGAGAUGGAUAUUACCGGGAUGGAUAUAGACCCUGGAUUUUUGGAGGCAUUGCCGGAGGAACUGAGAGAAGAAGUCCUAACUCAACACAUCCGGGAGAGGCGUGCGGCAGCGGCGACUAAUGAUCAACCAAGCGAAAUCAGCCGCGAAUUCCUGGAAGCUCUGCCUGAUGAGAUCCGUGAUGAACUCCUCGCCCAAGAGGCAGCCGACCGCCGUCAGGCAAACCAGCUUCGUGGGGAACGGCGAUUUAACCAAUUCGUGGAGAUGCCCAGGGUCGCUCGUGUAAGUGGUGUACGACAUCCAGGCGAGCCGGAGCCAAAACCAGUCAAAAAGCCGCUUCGCAAGAGUGUGAUCCAAUUGUUAGAUAAAGCUGGUGUUGCUACUCUUUUGCGGUUGAUGUUUAUUCCUCAAGUUGGGAGUACCCGCAUUACGCUGCAUGAAAUCUUGCUCAAUAUUUGCGAAAACAGACAAAAUCGUGCCGAGGUUGUCAACCUUCUCCUGUCUAUUCUGCAAGAUGGUAGCUCGGACAUGGCGGCGGUUGAGCGGAGUUUCGCGCAAUUAUCUGUGAGAGCGAAACAAGCACCUGCCACAAAGACUCCAACAGCAGUGGUCAAACGAACCGGGACUGGGUUACUGGCCCAAACCAGCAGUGAAGUUUCGCCCUUACUGGUUGCCCAGCAGUGCCUAGGCGCGCUACUCUUUUUGGUCAGCUAUAAUGAACAUAUACCUUCGUACUUCCUCAAUGAGCAUGAUAUCUCAGUCGGACUUAAGAGGUCUACAAGCCGAAAGGGCAAAGGGAAGGAGGUUCCUCCGCCCAAGGCGAGCAAAUAUGCCCUGAAUACACUCCUGAGUCUUUUGGAUCGCCGGUUAAUUACUGAGAGCUCCACUGUAAUGGACCAGCUUUCGGUCGAGAAUAAGGAUGAAGCGUCCAAUAGCAAUCGCAACAAAGAUGAUGAUAGGCGAAGGAGACUGCGCCAUUUGGUGCCUCCAGUUGUUCCAGAACAUAACCUUCGAUUGGUUGUCAAUAUACUUACUGCCCGGGAAUGUUCAAGUAAGACUUUCCGUGAAACACUCGCAACUAUGCAAAACCUCUCUGCAAUUCCGGAGGCGAAGGUGGUCUUUGGCGCGGAAUUGAUCCGGCAGGCUCAAGUACUCGGCGGCACAAUUCUCGAGCAUCUCGAGGUGUUGGUGCAUCAAAUUAAGCACGCUGAAAAUGGGACGGAAAUCCAAGGGAUGGCCCUGUCAAACUUUUCGCCAGCGAGCUCCGAUCAGGCCAAACUUCUCCGCGUUCUGACGGCGCUUGACUAUCUUUUUGAUCCCAAGCGGCCAAGUAGGGAGACCGUGAAGGAUGGCGAACCCAAGGACGAAGAAAGCAAAAAAGAGCGUGAUGUACUCUCAAAUCUUUAUGAGAGCCUUACCUUCGGGCCGUUAUGGUCAAAGCUCAGCCAGUGCCUUUCUGCUAUCCAUGAACGCAACGACAUGCUCCAUGUUGCGACCAUUCUCUUGCCAUUGAUCGAGGCCUUGAUGGUGGUCUGCAAGAACAGUGGGUUGAAGGAAGCACCAAGAACUCAACGGGGUCAGACGCCGAUGAGCCCUGCAAUGGCAGAAACAAGUAUGGAAAAUCUAUUCUUCAAAUUUACUGAGGAUCACAGGAAAAUUUUGAACCAAAUGGUUCUCAAUAACCCGAAGUUAAUGAGUGGUUCCUUUGCGCUUUUGGUUCACAAUCCUAAGGUAUUGGAAUUCGACAAUAAGCGCAACUACUUCAACCGCCGCCUUCAUACACGCCAAGGCAACCGCGAUCCUCACCCAACAUUGCAGCUCAACGUCCGCCGCGACCAAGUGUUCCUCGAUUCUUACAAGUCAAUGUAUUACAAGAACGGUGACGAGAUCAAAUACGCCAAACUAAGUAUCCGGUUCCAUGGCGAGGAAGGGGUUGAUGCUGGCGGUGUCACUAGAGAGUGGUUCCAGGUUAUGGCAAGGCAAAUGUUUAAUCCUGAUUACGCUCUUUUUAUCCCUGUCGCUUCCGACAGGACCACAUUCCACCCAAGCCGUAUGAGCGGUGUCAACCCGGAACAUCUGAGCUUCUUUAAGUUUAUUGGAAGGAUUAUUGGAAAGGCUUUAUAUGAAGGGCGCGUGCUGGAUUGCCAUUUCAGUAGAGCAGUUUAUAAGCGCAUACUCGGGAAGUCUGUCUCUCUAAAGGAUAUGGAAACGUUGGAUCUUGACUAUUAUAAAUCUUUGGUCUGGAUGCUCGAGAACGACAUCACCGACAUCAUCACAGAAACAUUCUCAGUUGAAACAGAUGAUUUUGGCGAUAAGAAAAUCAUUGACCUUGUGCCAGAUGGUCGCAACGUGCCCGUAACAGACGACAACAAGCACGAAUACGUUCGGCUCUUGGUAGAGUACAGGCUCCUUACAAGUGUCCAAGAGCAAAUGGAGAAUUUCCUAGUCGGUUUCCACGAUAUCGUGCCAGCGGAGUUGAUCUCUAUUUUCAACGAACAAGAACUUGAACUUUUGAUCUCUGGUUUGCCUGAGAUUGAUGUUGACGACUGGCGCAACAACACCGAGUAUCACAACUAUUCUGCUUCCUCACCUCAGAUACAAUGGUUCUGGCGUGCAGUCCGAUCGUUCGAUAAGGAAGAGCGUGCAAAACUCCUUCAGUUCGUUACAGGAACUAGUAAAGUCCCCCUCAAUGGCUUCAAAGAGCUGGAGGGAAUGAACGGCUUUUCAAAAUUCAAUAUACAUCGGGAUUAUGGAAGCAAAGACCGCCUUCCUAGUUCUCAUACUUGCUUCAACCAGAUCGAUCUGCCCGAAUACGAGAGCUACGAGAGUUUGAGGCAAAACAUCCUCACAGCAAUCACUCAAGGCGCGGAAUACUUUGGGUUUGCUUAACCCCGUGGCACUAUAUCUUUUUUCUGUUCCUUUUGCUUUUUUUUUUCCAUACCAAGUUGUAAUGAAGUGGGGAGAGAGAUUCGAUUGUGGAUAGAGAUUUCUGGAGAAAAAGGGGGUUGUGCGGGUUCUGUUUUAUUUCUCAUUCUGGAAAGGUGUCUUUUUUUUUUCCACAAGUCAUGUCUUUUUUCUAGUUCUCUUUUACUCGUGGAUUCGGGUUCUUGUCACCAAGGUAUUAUUCUUAGCAUUUGGGGAGAUGCAGAAGAUGUACUUCUGUGGAUACGGGCGGCCAAGUGCAGGUUGGCUAGUUUUCGUUGUCUACUGUUGUUUUCAUUUGCAUGGAGAACUGGAUUUUUGUGUGGCAAGCCUGUAUCAUAGUCUACGUUUAGCUCAACUUUGUAUUGCGAGACAGUUAGUAUUGUUCAUGGUGGUUAGUCAAAUAAAUUGAACACGAUUCAUUCA